AUGGAGGUCGCGAGGGCUGAGGGUCAGCAGCUACGCACAGACCAACAGAAGCUGAAGGCCACGGUUCACCGCACAGUUGACUGUCUUUGCAAGGAAGUUGCAGCCGAAAAAGAGAUGCAGUUCAGCAAGCAGACCGUCGCAGCGAUUUCGGAGGUACUUUUUGCCUGCGAAAAUUUUGCAAAAGUCCUUGAAAUGUUUGCCAGACAUGAGAAAAGAAGCACCAUUAACACGGACGAUGGGAAGCUCUUAGCCAGGAGGAGCCACUCGCUGCUGAAAUACAUCACAGAGAAAAAUGAAGGGAUUGCUCAGGUGAACCUAGAACAGAAGGCAAAGAAGAAAAAGAAACCAGAAAGAGGAAACCAGGAGUCCACGGAGUCGGCGGUGGAGGCCGAAGCUGUGGAAAGUAAGGGUGAGCCGUCGAUAGCUGCCGCCUUCAGCAGGCCGAGCCCCGCAAAAGGCAUGAUUUCACAAAGUGGGAGUUGCAGUCCUGGGACUGCUUGUCCUAUAUUCUUGUCAGACACGGACUUCAAAAAUGAAUUAAAAAGAGAGUGUUGUUAG